CUUUGCUCGUCAUGACUACGCGUGCUUGUUCUUUCAAAGUGAAGUGUGCGUCUUUUUGUUCGCCCAUUGUCUUUGUGCCCAUCCCAUCCCUAUCAAUCUCUAAGCAGUCAGCUGGACCCCCACACUUGACCAAGUACCAAAUGCCGUGCCAUACCAUUCUCCACUUCCCCUCGGACACUAUUUAAGUAUCUGUGCUAUCCAUCCUCGAUAUGGAACUUGAGAUUUAUCAUUGACGUAUUCGUACCUUUCGGACCGUUUCUCGUCGCGUUUUAGGUUAUUCUUUGUCACAAGUUCCGUUGCUCUCCACCUCGUUUGGUUAUAUAAAAAGCUUUAGACAGCCGAUCAGAACAAGUCUCUUGUAUAAUGUCUCCACAUCACGACGCACCCUCUCCUUCCAAUAGCUUCAGUGCUGGCUCUGGAUAUCAAGUUCAUCAUCAUCACCACUACACCAUGUCUCCCUACAACGACACUUUCGAGACCAGCUCCGUGGAGUCCGGCGAUGUUGGCCUUCGUCGAUCCCUGGUUCCCGGCAUCUACGUGCCCACUGUUGCUUUCUUCGAUCCAGUAACAGACAACGUUGAUGUUGAGACCACUGCCAAACAUGCCGUUCGUCUGGCGAAGGCUGGUGUUGCUGGCAUCACGACCCAAGGAUCCAAUGGAGAGGCUGUCCAUCUCUCCCACAAAGAACGCAAUCUCAUCACACAAACCACCCGCAAAGCUCUCAACGAUGCCGGAUAUGGCGACAUGCCAGUAAUUGUUGGUUGCGGUGCUCAAUCGACACGAGAGUCUAUCGAACUUUGCGAGGAAGCUGCCUCUGCUGGCGGAGACUAUGCGUUAGUGCUUCCCCCAGCAUACUACCAAGGAUUGUUCUCCAAGGACACGAUUAUGGAUUUCUUCCAGGACGUUGCCACUGCUUCUCCAAUUCCAAUUCUCAUCUACAAUUACCCCGGCGCUGUCUCUGGUCUCGACCUCAAUUCCGAUGCCAUCAUCGCGUUGGCGAAGCAUCCCAACAUUGUUGGAUGCAAAUUGACCUGUGGAAAUACCGGCAAGCUAAACCGAAUUGCAGCCGCUACCCGAGCCGCAACUGUCUCUGAGCCGGGUUCUGGCUUCAUGUGUAUGGGCGGCUCGGUUGAUUUCACGCUUCAAACUCUAAUUGGAGGCGGUUCCGGAAUCAUUGGCGGCAUGGCCAACAUUGCGCCCAAGGCUUGCGUCAGACUUGUCGAACUCUUUGAGGCAGGUCAACUCGCGGAUGCACGCAAGCUGCAAGCCAUUGUAGCCCGUGGCGAUUGGGCCGCUAUUCAAGGCGGGAUCAUCGGCACCAAAGCGGCCUUGAUGGCUCACCACGGUUACGGAGGAUAUGCUCGCAAACCGCUGCCGAGACCCAACAAGGAGGAGGUCCGGAGGUGGCGAGAAUCGUUUGACGAGCUCAUGGCUGUCGAAAGUUCUCUAUGAGCGUCGGGCCUGACGUCGCGCGACCCCUCAUUCUUCGCUCAGCAGCAUUGCGUCACACUGGACCAACCUGCGGCAGUAUUUCCGUUCUUCUUGUCUUCUCCAAACGAGCUGCACCUACUCCGCUUUCUCUGGCGAUCAGCGCAUGAACUUUCGUUGUGUUCGGAACAUGGUUAAGCAUUUCAUCGGCGUUGAGCGCUCGUGCAUACUUCUCGUGGCGUUUAUGUUGAUUAACCCGGUUUCCUACUUGAUUUGUUAUAUGGUGUUGCUAAAAGGGUUUUCCAAAAGCAAUCGAGGCCGACAAAAGCUGUUGCAUUCGUUCCUUUCGCUAUACGUACCCACCAGUUCGAUCUCGAGGAAAGCUCCUAUCACGUGUAUAUAGUCACCUUAUUUUUGAAUGG